CCUCCCUCCGGGCGGCCUCCAGACUGCCCCAGCCUAUAAAGGCGGGGGGUUUUCUCAAUGAAGCCGGGACGCACUGCGGGGUCGGGCCCAGCCGGGCACCCGGGAGUCAGGAGUCAGCUUGCCAACCGCGGUCCCCGCCGCCCCUCCGCGCCGAGAUGAAGUACAUCGUGGGCAUCGGAGGCAUGACCAAUGGCGGCAAGACUACCCUGACCAACAACCUCCUCAAGGCGCUGCCCAACUGCUGUGUGAUCCACCAGGAUGACUUCUUCAAGCCCCAAGACCAAAUAGCAGUUGGGGAGGACGGCUUCAAACAGUGGGACGUGCUGGAGUCCCUGGACAUGGAGGCCAUGCUGAGCACCGUGCAGGCCUGGGUGAGCAGCCCCCGGAAGUUCGCCCGCGCCCACGGGGUCAGCGUCCGACUGGAUGCCUCAGACACCCACAUCCUCAUUCUGGAAGGCUUCCUGCUCUACAGCUACAAGCCCCUGGUGGACUUGUACAGCCGAAGGUACUUCCUGACUGUCCCCUAUGAAGAGUGCAAGUGGAGGAGAAGUACGCGAAGCUACGCGGUCCCUGAUCCCCCUGGCCUCUUCGACGGCCACGUGUGGCCUAUGUACCAGAAAUAUAAGCGGGAGAUGGAGGCCAACGGUGUGGAAGUGGUGUACCUGGAUGGCAUGAAGCCCCGCGAGGAGCUUUUCCACCAGGUCCUGGAAGACAUUCAGAACUCACUCCUGAACCGCUCCUAGCGAGGCCCAAGAGGAGGGGCCCAGCCCCCACUGCAGGGACCCACACACAGCUCCGGCCACAGCGCGGCCAGCGGGUGGCACUGCAGCCGGACACUGCAUGACCAUUCCCGUUGGGGAAGUCUUGUACUUAUGAGAGUGGACGCCCCGCUCACGGCCCAGCAGCUUGGGGCCCACGAUGCAUCCAGCCGUAACCUCGACGGCGGCUUACUUAUUAAACCUGAUCCUGUUUUUUA